AUGCGGUACAUGAAUGACGAGGCGUUUAGGUCAAGGGUUAAAGAAAAGUAUCUGAGUGACGAACAUUACAGGAAAAAUUUGAUAGAGAAAGGUGUGCAGAAAUAUGCACUGGAUGCUGAACAUAGAGUGACGAUGAAGCAAAAAAGCAUUACGAAGUACAAGACAGAUGAGUCACACAGACAGGACGUGAUAAGUAGAAGCAAAAUUAAGUAUAAAACAGAUAUCGUACAUAAAGAGAACGUGAAACGUAUGAGUACACAGAAAUACAAAUUAGAUGACAUGCACAAAGAAAAGGUUAAAAAAAGAAGUACAGAAAAGUACAAAUCAAAUGAGAUGCAUAGACAAAAUGUCAAAACAAGAAGUACAGAAAAGUACAAAUUGAAUGAGCUGCAUAAACAAAACGCCAGAAAAAGGAGUACAGAAAAGUACAAAUUGGAUGAAAACCAUAGAGAAAAAGUGAAAGUUGCAAGCAAAGCGAGAAAAAUCAUGAGUGGAAAAAUCCCACAAGAAGCUGCAAUUAAUAAAAUGUCACUUGAGGAAAUUCCAACAGAGCUAAGUGAUUUGAAUUCCUUAGAACAACACCUCAUUGCUCUACACAUUCCUUUUAUGAAAGUCAUGGCUCUUCCACAAGGUGGACAAAGAAAUGUACACGGACCUGUAGUGUGCGUGCCGUCAAACUUAAAGAAAACAACCAGUUUACCACUGAACGUUGAUGACAAUCUUUUACUGAGGGUGAAACUCAAACGCAAGCUAUCGUACAAAAGAUACUUUGAAUACCAAUUCGUAACUCCACGACACAUUAAGGCUGCUCUUGACUUUUUGAAAGAAAACAAUAAAUGGUACCAAGACGUUUCUAUUAACAGUAAUUGGACUGACAAUGACGAUCAUUGUUUGUUAAACGAUACUAUUGAAAUUAGUGAAAGCAAUCAAGAAAAGUCAGAAAUGGAGAAAAAUCAUGACCAAGAAGUCGCAACGGAUACAUGUUUACAACCUGUUGACAUAGCGCAAGAAGUCCUUGAUCAUUACUUUGACGAGGUCUAUAAUAUUGCACCAGGUGAAGGAAAAAAUCCUGUUAGAAUGUUACAAGACGAAGGAAAUGAAGCGAAGUCAUUCCCACAUUUAUUUCCAUCUGGCAGAUUCUCGUGGAAUGAGGAGAGAGAUGAAAGGAUCACACUUUCCAGAUAUUUCAACAACAGACUUAUGAAUACAGACAAUAGAUUCGCAAAGGAUACAAAUUACAUAUUUUUUGCGCAAUUUAUGUCAGAAUUGAAACAGGUGAUAGAGAAAACACAAAUCUCAAUUCGGAAGUCUUUGUCUAAAACUAACGAUGGAAAGAUGGUGACAUCACAUAUGCUACAAGACCCAGACGUGCUCUCAAAACUUCUCAGAAAUGACGAAGCUUUGCGAUUCAUGCAACCAAUAAGAGGAACACCUGCGUAUUGGUCUACAACACAGAAAGAUCUUUUUGCAAUGCUCCGACAAUUAGGGAUCCCUACUUGGUUUUGUUCGUUUUCGGCUGCUGAAUUCAGAUGGAAUGAAAUAGUCGGUUGCAUUUUGCAUCAUGAGGAUGACAAUAGAAAUCCUUCUGAAUUAGACUGGUCUGAAAAAAGUGAUAUUCUUAGAAGAAAUCCAGUCACUGUUGCCAGAAUGUUUGAACACAGAUUUCAUGUAUUCCAAAGAGAAGUCAUUAUGUCACCAGCCAAUCCUAUAGGUAAUGUUGUUGACUACUUUGUAAGAGUUGAAUUCCAACAAAGAGGUUCCCCACACAUGCAUUGCUUAUAUUGGGUUGAUGACGCACCAAAAUUUGGGAAGGAUAGUGACGAACGUGUAUGUGAAUUCAUUGACAAGUAUGUGACAUGUUCCCUACCAUCCGAAGAUGAUGAAAAAGAAUUAAGACAGUCUGUGUUAAGUGUACAACAACAUAGCAAAACUCACUCUAAAUCGUGUAGAAAAAAGGGAACAGAAUGCAGGUUCAACUUUCCAAGACCGCCAUCAGAAAGAACUUUUAUCGCUGAACGAUGUGAGGAAGAUCCAGAGAAUCUUCAAACGAACACGCAAAUGAAUACAUCACAAGCUAAGGAUACUUUACUGAAGGUUUGGAAUAAAGUUCUCGACAAUAACAGCGAAUUUCAGACAACAGAGGAGAUAUUCACAGAUUUAUCUCUGUCGCAAGAAGAGUACGAGAUCGCACAUAGAGCACUGACAUCAAGAACAACAACAAUUUUGAAGAGGGACCCAGAGGAAAUGUGGACAAAUCAAUACAACGAAUGUCUCCUCAAAUGCUGGGAUGCCAAUAUGGACAUUCAGUAUGUUCUUGACCCAUUUAGCUGCAUUGUGUACAUUAUUUCGUACAUCUCAAAAUCAGAACGGGAAAUGGGCAUGUUAUUAAAACAAACAAAGAUCGAGGCAACUGAAGGAAAUCUUAGUGCUAAACAAACUAUUAAGAAAAUAGGAUCGGCUUAUUUAAACCAUAGAGAAGUCAGUGCACAAGAGGCAGUGUACAGAGUAUGCAAUUUAAAAAUGAAAGAGUGCUCAAGGAAAGUAAUGUUUAUUCCUGUUGGGGAAAAUCCAACGCGUUUAAGCAAACCUCUUUCACAGUUGAAAAGAAAACGACGAUCACAGUCGGACGAAUGUGAAGGCGAUGAAGACGAGGAAGACAUUUGGAUGACGAAUAUUGUAGAAAGAUAUGAAAAUCGCCCACAGACUGACUAUUUCAUUCAGAUGUGCCUUGCAGAGUUCUGCUCCGAGUUCAGGGUACUUGCAAAAUCUCAAAUUCCACAGAUUGAAAAGGAAGGAGUAUACGAAUUGCGAAAUGGAAAAGGUGUUAUCCAGAAAAGAACAAGGGGUAAACCAGCUGUCAUAAGAUACCCAAGAUUCAAUGCUGAAAGUGCACCAGAGAAAGUAGGUGGCGAUUUGCAGGCAGUGAAGAAUGUAGUCAAUGAGCAUCGAAAUCAAUUUUCAAAAGACGAAGAAGCAAUUGAAAAUGCCGUAGAGAUAUUUGAAAUGAUCGGCGAGCCUGAAGAUGCAUGGGCAAGUCUUUGUCCCGAUACCGAAAUGAAGCGGGAAGAGUGUUUAAUUCAGAAAUCAAAAUUAGACACAGAAGACAAUACAAUGAAGGAAGUAACCGAAGAAGUUGAAGAAGAAUAUCCUUCAGAUUUUAUAUAUCAUAUCAGGGAAGCUUCGAAUUCAAGGCAAGAGAUUUUACCUUUACUGCAAAGCUUAAACGAUAAACAGAAAGAGGUCUUUUAUUCAGUGCGCGAAUGGUGUCUGAAGAAAAUAUCACAAGGAAAACCAGAACCUUUUCAUAUUUUUAUUACGGGCGGAGCAGGAACAGGAAAAAGUCACUUGAUCAAAGCCAUUCAUUUCGAAGCCUCAAGACUUCUUGGAAAGACAUUGCCCACACCCAACGCCAUAUCAAUUCUGCUAACUGCUUUCACGGGAACGGCUGCCUUUAACAUUGGAGGAAGCACAAUACAUCAUGUUUUCUCACUGACAAAAGCGCUUCCCAUUCCAUAUGAGCCUUUGAAGGAGCAAACUUUAAAUGCAAUUAGGUCCAAAUUAGAAAACGUGCAAAUAUUGAUCAUAGAUGAAGUAUCCAUGGUCUUUAAACGUCUGAUGUAUUACAUACAUGAACGACUCGUCCAAAUUAAAAAAUGCAAGGAACCAUUUGGUGGUAUCUCUGUUAUUGCUGUAGGUGAUUUCUACCAACUUCCGCCUGUAAAACAACGAAAAGACGAAAGGUUGUAUAAGGUAAAUGACGCAUACCCUGUUGACUAUUGGUUAGAUUUCUUCAAAAUCAUUGAGCUAGACGAAAUAAUGCGUCAGAAGGAGGAUGUUGAAUUUGCUGCCGUUUUGAAUUCUUUGCGUGUUAGAACAAUUGAUGAACAAAUAUCGAACGAAGCUUUGACGUUACUAAGAGAUUGCAUCAGGGAAGGUCCAGAUGACGUGUUGCACGUUUAUUCUACAAACGAAGAGGUAAACGAUUUCAAUCUUGAAAAGUUGCAAACAUGCUGUGUAGAUUUGAUAGAGGUAGAUGCAGAGGAUUACCAAAAAGACAAGACAACAGGAAGGUUAAAAUUACGUGAGAAACCACUGGUCACAACCAAAACAGAUGGACUGUCAUCUUCACUGCUUUUAGCCGUUAAUGCAAGGGUUAUGCUUACAAGAAAUGUAAAUGUCGAAGAUGGACUUGUGAAUGGUGCAAUGGGUUACAUAUCGCAUUUUGAGUUUGCAAGAGAUCAUCAGAGAAAAAACAUUCAAGGAGUUGGAGUAAUAUUUGACAGUAAACAAAUCGGUAAACUACAUGGAACAACGACAUUAUACGGAAAUCAGAUCGUGAUUCAAAGAAUGCAGGAAGAAAUCAAGGAAAAGAAUACUAAAAAUGUAGUUCGACAGCAAUUUCCUCUGAAACUAUCUUGGGCAUGCACAGCACACAAAGUGCAAGGAAUGACAACAGAAAAGGUAGUGGUCAAUUUGGAUCGUACUUUUGCUGCUGGUCAGGCUUAUGUAGCUAUUAGUAGAGUAACCUCAAAGGAUGGGUUAUUUAUAGAGACAACAGAUGAGGAUAAACUUAAGAAGAAAAUCUACGCUGAUCCAGAUGUUAAAACAUCAUUGAGCAUCAUGGAAAAAUUUGUACCAAACGCAGUAGGUGACAUUGGACAAAUACAGACUGAGGAAUGCAAGACAAUUAUUCUUCUUAAUGUACAAAGUCUAAGGGCACAUAUACAGGACAUCAAAUCAGACAACAGACUCAGCAAAGCAGAUUUUAUAUGUUUAACAGAGACGUGGCUCAAAGAUCAGGAUGAUUUGUCAGAAUAUGAAAUUCCGGGCUUUAAUUUUUACAGCAUUUCAAGGGGAAUGUGUUAUGAUGAUUCAUCAAACACUUUUUGUAAAUUAAGCCAAGCCAGAGGCGGGGGAAUAGGUGUGUUUCAAAGAAAAGAGGAAAAUAUCAGAGUUCAUGAACUUCCCCUUAAGAAUAUUGAAGGAAUGACGUUAGAGCUUUGCAAAGAGAACAUCAUCAUAAUAGUGAUCUACCGACCAUGCAUCAUUAACGUCAGCUUUUUUCUAGAUGCCCUUCAGAAAGUUGUAAUAGUUUACCAAGAACGUGGAUUUCAGUGUGUUGUAAUUGGAGAUUUCAACGAAGAUGCCAGGACAAAUGGACCAAUUACGAGUUUUCUUCAGUCAAAGGGGUUUAAACAAAGAGUUGACUUUUCCACAACUGAAAGUGGGACUAUCCUAGAUCAUAUUUAUGUUACUGAAGGAUUGUCCGUUAAGGUUGUGAAAGUUCCUGUUUACUUCAGUUAUCACGAUGCUAUCAAGGUGUACUUCCAAAAUAUUCAGCGGUAG